AUGGCGAAGUACAAUGCUUGCAUCCUGGAGUAUAAGCAGAGUGGAGAGAGCAUUGAUAUCAUUACAAGAGCCCAUGGCAAUGUGCAGGACCAUAUUGGCCGCCCCUCAGAGACUGGCAUUAUAGGUAUCAUUGACCGAGUGCCGAAUAUGUGUGUGGUGGACCUGGAGAGGCAGGGAUAGGGGCAGCUGGUCACUUGCUCUGGGGCUUUCAAGGAAGGUUCCUUGCGGGAUGGAAUUGGAAUCCAUGAGCAUGCCAGCAUUGACUUACUGGGCAUCAAAGGUUUAUGGCCACUGCGGUCUGACCCCAACCGGGAGACUGAUGAUACUUUAGUACUCUCUUCUGUGGGCCAGACAAGAGUUCUCAAGCUAAUUGGAGAGGAGGUGGAAGAAACGGAACUGAUGGGCUUCGUGGAUGAUCAGCAGACUUUCUUCUGUGGCAACGUGGCUCAUCAACAACUUAUCCAGAUCACUUCAGCAUCUGUGAGGUUGGUCUCUCAAGAGCCCAAAGCUCUGGUCAGUGAGUGGAAGGAGCCUCAGGGCAAGAACAUCAGUGUGGCCUCCUGCAACAGUAGCCAGGUCGUCGUCGCUGUGGGAAGGGCACUGUACUACCUACAGAUCCACCCACAGGAGCUCCGGCAGAUCAGCCACACAGAGAUGAAACAUGAAGUGGCUUGCUUGGACAUCACCCCAUUAGGGGACAGCAAUGGGAUGUCACCACUUUGUGCCAUUGGCCUCUGGACAGAUAUCUCAGGCCGUAUCUUGAAGCUGCCAUCUUUUGAACUGUUGCACAAGGAGAUGCUGGGUGGAGAGAUUAUUCCCCAGUCCAUCCUGAUGACCACCUUUGAAAGCAGCUACUAUCUCCUUUGUGCUUUGGGAGAUGGGGCCCUUUUCUACUUUGUGCUCAACAUUGAGACUGGCUUGCUGAGUGACCGUAAGAAGGUGACUUUGGGCACCCAGCCCACGGUGUUGAGGACUUUCCGUUCUCUUUCUACCACCAAUGUCUUUGCUUGCUCUGACCGGCCUACUGUCAUCUACAGCAGCAACCAUAAGCUGGUCUUCUCCAAUGUCAACCUCAAGGAGGUGAACUACAUGUGUCCUCUCAACUCAGAUGGCUAUCCUGACAGCUUGGCAUUGGCCAACAACAGCACCCUCACCAUUGGUACCAUUGAUGAGAUUCAGAAGUUGCACAUAGGCACUGUUCCCCUCUACGAAUCUCCCAAAAAGAUCUGCUAUCAUGAAGUGUCCCAGUGCUUUGGGGUGCUCUCCAGCCGCAUUGAAGUCCAAGACACCAGUGGAGGCACGACUGCUCUGAGGCCCAGUGCCAGCACCCAGGCCUUGUCCAGCAGUGUCAGCUCCAGCAAACUGUUCUCUAGUAGUACUGCUCCUCAUGAGACCUCUUUUGGAGAAGAGGUGGAAGUGCACAACCUUCUCAUCAUUGACCAGCAUACCUUUGAAGUGCUUCAUGCUCACCAGUUUCUACAGAAUGAAUAUGCCCUCAGCUUGGUCUCCUGCAAGUUGGGGAAAGACCCUAAUACCUACUUCAUUGUGGGCACAGCCAUGGUAUAUCCUGAAGAGGCAGAGCCCAAACAGGGUCACAUCGUUGUCUUCCAGUAUUCAGAUGGAAAACUACAAACUGUGGCUGAAAAGGAAGUGAAAGGGGCUGUGUACUCUAUGGUAGAAUUUAAUGGGAAACUGCUUGCCAGCAUCAACAGCACAGUGCAGCUAUACAAAUGGACCACAGAGAAGGAGCUCCGCACUGAGUGCAAUCAUUAUAACAACAUCAUGGCCCUCUACCUGAAGACCAAGGGCGACUUCAUCCUUGUGGGUGACCUCAUAUGCUCAGUGCUGCUGCUUGCCUAUAAGCCCAUGGAGGGAAACUUUGAAGAGAUUGCACGAGACUUCAAUCCCAACUGGAUGAGUGCAGUGGAAAUCUUGGAUGAUGACAAUUUCCUGGGGUUGAAAAUGCCUUUAACUUGUUUGUGUGCCACCACCAAUGAGGAGAGACAACACCUACAGGAGGUUGGUCUCUUCCACCUGGGCGAGUUUGUCAAUGUUUUCUGCCAUGGCUCUCUGGUCAUGCAGAAUCUGGGCGAGACUUCUACCCCUACACAGGGCUCAGUGCUCUUUGGCACAGUCAACGGCAUGAUUGGACUGGUGAUGUCCCUGUCAGAGAGCUGGUACAACCUCCUGUUGGACAUGCAGAACCGACUCAAUAAAGUCAUAAAAAGCAUGGGCAAGAUAGAGCACUCCUUCUGGAGAUCUUUUCACACCGAACAAAAGACAGAACCAGCCACAGGCUUCAUCGAUGUUGACCUGAUUGAGAGUUUCCUUGAUAUCAGCCGCCCCAAGAUGCAGGAGCUUGUGGCAAACUUACAGUACGACGAUGGCAGUGGUAUGAAGCGGGAGGCCACUGCAGACGACCUCAUCAAGGUUGUGGAGGAGCUGACUCGGAUUCAUUAGCCAAGGACAGGUGGCUCCUUUCCUGACCCUCCCUAAAGGCACUGCCCUCCCCUCCCUCUCCCACCAUUGUCUUCUUGGUCGUGGGAGGCCUUUCCCUAAGCCAGCUGCCCCUAAAGCCACUACUCAAAAUGUGUGGAAAUGGACUUUCUAGAACUAAAACCAAUUUACUAGAGACCUAGGAAUGGGCUGAAGGUGGAAUAUUUUCUCCCUGGAUUUUUACUAGUCUUACAUGAUUCCAGCCAUCACCUGGGACCACCAUGUCUUGAAUGGUGUCGCCAUUUGGCCUCCUUCCGGGGAGGGAUUUUGCAGCUCUUCGGCUGAAAGGAAGCUCUGUGUGUGCGGAUGUGUGUCUCACUCACACUUUGUCCUCUGCUAUCUUUUUAUUUAGGUUGUGGGUGUGGGGAGGUGGAGGUAGAGGGAAGAAGAUCAAGAGGGUUCUGUUGUCUUGAAGUGAGAGCUUCCCUUUGCUUUCUUCUCUUGCCUGAGAACAUCAGCCUGGAGGCCUGUCAGGCCAGGAGCUGCCUGAGUGGGAACCUGGGAUGGUGGAUGAUCCCCAAAACAACAGCCCUUUUGUCUUAGGGAACUCCCUUCUUCAAAGAGAAGGAGGUGGUGGGCUGUGAAUUGAUCGUUAGUUUCUGAAUUUUACCAAAUAAAGUAGAAUCUAAGAAUAAUAAAAA